AUGCCUCGACUUAAUAUUCUCCGUCAUCACCGCCGCUCGGCUUCGAGCCAGGGAAACGCAUCAGCUGUGCCUCCUCCCUCAAAGUCCCCUCCUACUUCCUCCACCAAUUUAGCGUCACCACAUCCACCGCCACGGACCUCCCCACCCAGCGUUCCCCCGCUCGAUUCUCUCCCUCCGAUAAAUAGUGGGUCUCCAGGACUUGGUUCACCGGUGCAAUGGCUUGCCGAGGGUGCUGCCGGUUCGUCCCGACCGGGUACUUCUAGUUCAUCGCACGUGUCGGAGACGGCGACGCCUACAACGACAACGACUAUGACUACGACGACGACCAAGGCAACGCCCUCUGUCCCUCUACCACCUCCACCGCCCCGUCCACGCUCGCGUAGCUCGAGGCAGUUGUCGGCAAGGCCUGCGCCAAGCGCGAAGACGUCCACCUUAUCGCAGCAGGUUAGGGCUGCAAACGCCGCUCUGGCAGCCCAGCCUUCCUCCCUCGCUGCUCCCGCCUCCGUGUCAGGUUCUCAUCAUAAUGUUGGUAGCAAUAGUGGUAGUAGUAAUGCCGCCAAUCAGAGCGGCGGCGGUAGCGGUAGCGGUCCCGGCGGGCAUCCCUGCUCGACGACGAUAACAUCCUCGUACCGGAAAAAUACAAAACUCACCCUCCUGAACCCCAUGUCUUUGCUCAUGCGGAGGCGCUCCUCGCAAGCUAGUGGCCUGCUCGGCGAUGGUGCGAAAACUAAAAGUGCGAGGGAUCUCCCCGGCGAUUUCGACCCCGGUAUUAUUUACGGCACUAGGCAUCCCGAUUGGUCGAGCCCGCCAAAGAGGGGCCAGAAUGAGGCUGUUCGACCUCCGGUCAAUGGGAGGUCGAUAUCGCCGUUGCCGCCGGUUAGUCCGUUGAUGGAUCCGAACAACAAGCUGUUGAAAGUGGAGGUAGUCGCGGAUGAUGCGGGGGGUGGUGGGAUUGGCGAGCGGUUGGCCGAGCUGGAGAGGCAAAGGACGCCGGUUUUCAGGGAGCACUUUGAUGAGGAGGCUGAGCAGGAGCAGGGGCCCACGGAGGUGGGGGAGGAUGCUACACCUGUUGCACCGAGUAUCCCUUCCGGGGUAGCACCGGAGCCACUUAGGAUUCCUGCUACGAACCCUCCGCCGAUUAGCGAUUUGGAUAAGCCUAAGGUGGUUGAGGGUGGGAUAUUGCUUUCCUCUACUGGUUCGACGACAGGGAUUAGUAGGGCCUCUUCGGCGGUGUCCUCAAAUGAAGGGGACCUUGACGAUGGGAAACCCCGUGGCGUUACUCUUGUUGACCACCCGCUGUCCCUGCCACAUCACUUGAUGACCAAUUCUUCCAGAUUCAGCUUUGAGGCGAGCAGCGCCGCCGAGUCGACCAGAGGUGACGAGCCGGAGGAUCCGUAUAACGAUGAUGAGGGUGAUGAUGAUGACCGGGAGGGUGAUGAGUUGGGCUUGGAAUUGGAUUUCGUGGGCGACGAUGAUGAAGGGUUUUCCCGGGCGAAUGAGGGGUUGUUCAUGAUGCCGAAUGGCGCCAUGUAUGGCGAUGGGGAUUAUGCAGAAGAUGAGGGGGGUGUCCCGCUAGCGCUGAGAAUUGAUCCCAGUCAUGAGAUUGGCAUUGCAUUGUCGAAGGAUUCGCCGAUCGAUAUUAAUACUCCGACAACACCCCUGAAUUUGAUGGGGGUGUCACAAGCCCUUCCUGCCAUGGAUCCGGAGCCCGCAGUAGUUCAGCCCGAGCAACAGUCGCUGGCUCAGCGACUGGGUAACCCUCGGGGAUUGGAUCUGAGUGAUGACUCGGAUUUUGAUGAACUUGAGCAAGGGGAUGGAAUGGUGGGCUACGAAGACGACGACGACGAUUUAUAUUUUGAUGAUGGGAUUAUUCUCGAUGAUCCUCUUUUUCAGGGUUCCGUGAACAACCCUGACCAGGAGGAGGAGGUGGAAGACCCGGUGGACAAGGAGCAACGUGAAUCCUUCCCUUCGACACUUGGCGUCUCCUCGGGUGGCGCCAUGCAAGUUGAAGACGGUAGCCUCGACAGCCUGGCAAACGACAGUAAUGACGGCACAGCAGGUACCGGCGGUGGCAGCGGCUACGGAAACAAGAGUUUUCCACCAUUCCUUAACCCCAUCGGUGGCGGUCUGGGGUGUACCCAGCAACAAGCGCAAUUCUACACUCCAGACGGGACUGUGCUGGAUGGACACACCGGCCUGCCGCUUGCACUAUCAACACUCACCCAGCAGCUCUACCAAUACCAGAAGCAACAACAGCGCGAAGCCGAAGCCGCCGCGGCGAAUGAGAUAAACAGCCCCGGUGCCGCUAGCGGUAUCGGCAGCGGGUACGAAAGUGACUACGCAGCAGACUGGGGUUCACAGAGCGGGUACUACUCCAUCGACGACGAAGAGUACGAACCUGAAGAUGCAGACGACAGUAUGGUUGCUGAAGCAAAUGCGGAAGCCCUAGCCUACGACACUGAAUUCUACGGUCAGGAGUUUGGCUUCUACCCCGUGUCAGCCGCUCCAGGGCUCCUCCCCACCGGGGACGAUGACGAGAGCGUUUUCGCUGGAGGCUACUUUGGCCGACUACCAGAACUCGCGUCAAGGCCUAUUGUACGAAGACCUAGCCUAACACCGAUCAGCGAGCGCAGUGAGGGUAGCUAUCGCAACAGCCUGGUAUUCCCAAUAUCUUCUAGUCGCCCGUUAUCUGCUACCGUGCCCACGGGCGAAGACCUUGGUAGCCUGAUCAGCAGCGGCAACAACGGCGGUGCGGAGAUCACGCUGGAGCAGUUGAUGCGCCUGAGGAGGAAUGCCUGGGGCGGGAGUAACGGGAGUCUAAGAAGUUCACGGGGGAGCGGAGCGCACAGUCCUGUCCCCACGAAUAGUAGUUUGUUAGCGCAGGGCGGGAUUUCCCCGCCACCACCGCAAAUGCCACCGCCGCCGCCACCGCCGCCACCCGGCUUUGCCGGCGGCGGCGGAGGGGUGGGCGCGCCUCCGGGCCUCUCGCAUCCCGGUAAAAACGCGAUGUUGCCAACAAAAGCUAGUUUCGAAGAUGUGGGGUUUUCGCUGCGCAACGAGGCCGCCACUACUGGGAGUGGGAGUGGGAGUGGGAAUGGGCGGAGCACCGCGGAUAGUAGUUAUGCCAGUGCCGUUGGCUCCCCAAUUGGAGAUUGUGACGUUAUGGACGCCGAAGCUGGGAAUGGGGACGGGGAGGGGUGGGUGUUUUCCGCUGGUGCCGCUUCUUCCACUUCUUCUGGGUAGUUCUGGAUAGUUUUCGUGUACAUUUGGUGUGGGGGGUGGUGGGGAAAGGUGUAUAGGGAGUGUCGGAAUAAAUUACUUUGGGUUUUUCUUUCUUUCUUUCCUUCUCUUUUUCUUUUUCUUCUCUUUUCUUUUUUUUUUGGAGGGUAGGAAAGGUACUGGGAUUUGGUCAUAAUCACAAGCUUUUUCUAUCCUUAUUUCACAGUUGACUUGACUUUAUUGAGCUUCAAUUGGCUGAGACUCUGGGUGGUAUGACUUUCCCCUGUCUCUUCAGCGUAGUGUUUAGUGGUAUGAUACCAGUAUCAUACUGGUACUUUUCAACUCCCAUUCAUCCCCACUUGCCUCCUUAGUUCCCGCAUCGCAACGCGUAUGACACAUUACACCAUUUCACCAACCUAUAACCCCUAGCAAUUUUCGAACAAUAUGGUUACUCAUAUGUAUUAUACAUCACCACAUCACGUACCGUACUGCUAACGCGGCAACAUAAAUCGCAAACCCGCAAGGUAGGAUAGCGAAAAGCGCUAUUUCGCACCUACCAUUCGAUACCGGGUAGCCAACCGCGCUCGCGCCGUCUCUUUCAAGUAGUUUUGAAUGAAGCGGAUGCUCGUGGCCAUUCCGGUUCUUGCCCCGGCGCCCACGCGGGGGGGAGAAGUCAGUGAUAACUCGUGACAAGAAUUAAGUAUCAUCUCACGGUGUUCGGAUUGUCGCCACCGUGCAUGCUAAUCCUUCGCCGGAUCUAAUCUGUCAUUGAGCCGAGGUUGAUCACGGAUUCUCCAAGUGUA